GUAAUUGUGCAAUUGCGUGUGCAAUUGCAUGUGUAACAUGACGCGGAGUGCGCCAGCUAUCCGGUUGGGGACAUAAAUUCACCGGGCGGAUGAAGGGAGGAAUGAGGGGGAUGUACAGUGGAGUCGCAGUUGAAAAAGGAGGAGCGGAGACAGCUAGGAUGUACUAGGCGGUAGUGACACGGAAUACCAAACCCCGAGGAUGAGGAAAUGCUACCCGCGACAGAUUUGACACAUCAUAAAUCAAAAUUUUCGAAGGAAUGGAAAUGACCUCACACGGUCAAACAUUUAUGAAAAUCCGUGUGAUCAUAGCCCCAUAACCUUCGUCCUCAGCAAAGCCACCACGUGCACAAUUACUAUAACUCUCACGUCUCACUGGUUGAAUUAAAUGGCGUACAAAAACCAUCAAAAGUGAACUUACAUAAAGAAAUGGGGGACAAAGAAACAACGUUUUGUGAGGUGCAACCGCAUGACGUUCGCUUAGUCUCGAGAGGAUCGUGACGAAGAGUGGAAGCUCGUGGGCGAAAAGAGUAAAAAGGAGGAGGUAAAAAAGCGUGGAGAAGAGAAAGAAAAAAAAUAGAGUGAAAAGGGCCCCCCCUGCGAUAAGUGGAUCCUCGAGUAACUCUAGAAAAUUUGUUUCGCGAGACGCUGUCACAGUGCGAGUGUCAGGAAGAACAAGACGGAGAGGUGCAGGAAAUACAGGGAGUAGUGGAGAAACUGGGAUGAAGGGGGAGUCCAACCACUUGAAUAUUAUUCAGAUGAUUCUGAGUUCACUUGGAGUUAUUAUUGAAUUAUUAUCGAAUUGCUUAUGAGGCAUUUUUCACUGGCAGGUGGGGCAGCUGUGCUGGGGGCGUACGAAGCUGAGGACGUUUCUGAGGGAUUCGCCGGGAAAGUUGAGUGGAUUGAUAUUUAAUGUAUUAUAUUGCACGAUAUUAGAUUGCAUUAUAUUCUACUGAUAGAUAUUGAAGACAUUUUAUUUUCAGUCAAAGAAAUUUCAUCCCGAGCAUCGAAAAAUUUCCAGCUGGGUAUCUCGCUGGCCAUAAACAAUCGAAAUAAAAGUGAGACCGUAAUCUACCGGCACUUCACCGGUUCGACGCGUCUCGAAUGUAUGAUGAGUUUACAUUGGGAGUAUAUCGAAAUGACGCGACAUUCACUGGCGUGCGGCUCAUUGAAAUGGAGAGUCCGGAGCACUUUGAAUCCUGAGUGCGGGAUGAUCUCCCGGGAUUUGUGGGAGGUAUCGAAGAAGAAAACGACCUUUAUUAGGCCCCAUGAUAGUAUGUUCCCCAUGGACCGAUGAAUACUGCUCGGAGACUGCUGAAUUACGGGUGGUAUGGCUCUCCCAAACCGAAUUCCCCCGUUCAUUGCUAUAAAUAAUCACAGUGUCAAGGGCGCCCUGUGUUGUAAUACCGACGUUUCGUUUAUCACGAUAUAACCGAGAAGAGAUUAGAGCACUUCAUCAUUAAUACGAAGCUGAGUCUGGAACAAGCCAAACAGAAACUAGACAUGUACUACACGGUUAGGAGACUUGUGCCUGAGCUUUUCACCAACCGAGAUCCAAUGUGCAGGGAUCUCAUUCGACUACGCCAAACUUUUCAACAACGGCAGCUCGAGGCGGAUUGCGCUGUUGGCGGAUCGAGGGAGAAGGCGCAUCAACUUGAAAAAAUAAUUGAUGAACAGCGGAGAGUGAUGGAUUUAAUUACUGAAUUACUGGACAUCGGUGUGAUAGAUUACGAUACUAGUGCACUGUCAACUGCCUCGUUCGAGAUAGGAUUGAUCAUCUGGAGUGGAGAGAAUAAUUGUCCUGUCACUUGAACAAACUUCUGGGGGUAAAGGGAGUGAGGAAGUUUCCAAGAUGAAGUCUGGAGACGAAAUAAAAUAUCUGGAGCGGGAGUAUCGCAACACAAAUGAAUUUAUUGAUUGGCAACCAAAAACACAGUAUCCCCUCGACCCAGCGAAAAUCGAACAUCCCAUUCCCUCACGUACGAUAUUUUCAACUUGAAAACAGAAAACAGCGCUCGAAAUUGGCCCGGUAAACAAGCCAACACAGUUCUGGAUUAGUCGUCACUACAAUCCAUAUCACCUAACUACAGAUGUUACUUUGAGGAACCAGGCCAACCGUGAAAUGAUUCUCCACCACUGUCAACAGUGCCGAAUGAAGUUACACCUUCCCCUCGAUUUCGUGGAGAGCCAUGAUGUAUAUCAUCCGAGCUGCAUUCUCUCAGAAGUCUGUGUAUUUCAUCUGCUCCAUAUCCGUCCAGAAAUUGCCGCGAGUUAACAGUCUCCCGCAAAUAGAAAGUUUCCACGUCAAGCGCGCCGUCUACCCGGAGAGAAAUUCUUGGGAGAAACUACACAUCACCAAACGGAAAGCACCACCAGGGAUCCAAGGAGGAGAAUAAAAGGAGAUUUUUAAUUGCAAAAAAUUACUGGACACAUUCUUACCACUGAAGAAGACAGAAAGAAUUCUUAAGCGAUCAAACUGGAAUGUUAUUUGUUUCAGUGAACAAGAAAUUAGGAGAAAUAGCUCUUGGAAGAAGAAUAUGAAGAGGAUCUAAGAACGAACUGGAGCCAACCGGAGCCUGAAACCUGGACACGAGUAUAGAGGAUAAACGCACUUGGGAUUACACGCGAGCUUCACUGGACCCAGUGCAUAUUACAUUACACAGGCGAUCGAGCGUUCAGUAACUGAACAAUUUCCUAUGCUGGACAUUAUUAAACCUGAGGGAUGUGCGACCGCUCCAUAAGGUGGAUUGUCCAAUCAGUGGAAGAGCCCUUGAUCUGGUCAGACCUAUGGAGAUGAAACGAUAGGAAGAGAACUUGUCAGUUGACUUGAGGUGUCCUGUCCAAACUUGGAGACUAGAGGAUCAGAAGAAUGGCUGAUGAAGGACGAAGGUGACAUCCUGAGACGCGGUAAGCUCUGCUGUACACCUAUCAACACUUCUGGGGGGGAAUAAUGCAUCGAAAGAUCCCGAAAGUCAACAGAAAAGGAAUGACGCAAGUGCACCACCUAUUCUCUCCUGGCUUCACGACUAGACGACUAGAAGGAGAGGUUAUGAUCGACGGAGGUUGGAUAGUCGGAUUAAAGUAGCUUAUAAAGGCAGCUGAAGAGGGAAGAGGGGUCGAGCGAGUGCCGAGAGCUGCCUUUAUUACAUAACGGCUUCGCUGAUACCAGCAACGAAAUUGCUCGGAGUUGAGGUCUGCAAGGGGAUGACGGAAGCGGCAAUGAGAAAUCGAAAUUAAAGGGAGGAGAAUGAUCAGAGAAGUCAACGGCACUGUCAACAGCACUGGAGUGUGAGGAUGUCUACCUUGGAAAGAGAUGGGUGCAUAUAGUUUACAAGUUUUAAUUGGCAGACAACGGCAACACUGCACCCUCUUGACGCCCCUCCACCUUUCACAGCUACCCUUGAUACCGAUUAUAGUUACCCUUUGUUUUAUAAAUUAACCAGCUAGCUGGCGCAUUUGCCAUUCCAUCCACCCCUCCCCCGUCUGCCUCGAUCUACCAUCCCUCUCAUCUCUUUCUGUUAUCAACACUGCGUGGGAUCCUGACUCGGGAUUUCGGGAAAUUCUUCGUGGAGGAUAGUCGAAAAUAGUUGGGGGAUCCAGUUCUCAAACGAAACAAUUACCAUUUUCUACAAGCAUCACUGCAUUCCCAAUAUUCCCGGUGAAAAAUCACUUCAAACGUCGGAGGUUGAAAAUUCCCGUGAAAAUACCCAGUUGAGUACUCCAACCACUUUACCCAAACGACGAGUUAAUCGCAGACACCCACCAGUCUCAACGGCAUUAUUGCUGAUUGAAGUACGCAUACGCCAAACAGGGGAUGAGGAUUUGGGGAUGAGACAGAAAGGAUCGAGACGUCCUGGCUGAUACCCCUGUGGCCUCGUGACGGGAAUUAAUUUCCCACCGCAACACCGGCUUGAUUAAUGUUCCAACCCUCACGUGGCGAUCUACGACGUUUCGUUAAGGGAAUCGACGUUGAUUUUCGGUGGAGAUUGAAAUUCUUAGAAACUCUGGAAAUGAGAGGAAAUCCCCGGGCGAUCGUUACGACCAAGUUGCUUCUCCAGCACGAUUUUCCCUCCUGUUUUAUUUUCCUCUCCCGGUUAUUUUUCUCUUUUACUUAUUCUAAGGCACGAAAUUCCACCGAACUCGAGAAAGGUGAAUAAAUAAUUCCGCC